CGAUUUUUUAAAUAGAGGAAAAAAGGGAAAUAAAUGAAAAAGUUGAAAUUUAAAGAAAGGACGUAUAAAGUUGAAUAAUCUGGAGCUUUAAAACGUAAGAUUAAUGCGGGUAAAAUAUAUAAUUAAUAAUUAAAAAGAGGCGGGUAAUGCAAUAAGAAGAAUAGCUAAAGAAGAAAUUAAAGCAAAUAAUAGAUGAUGUAAGUUGUCUUUAGAAUGUAGUCGGAUGAUGAUGAGGAAAUCUGUAAAAAAGUGAAAUAAGAAGAUCCUUCUUAUUCAGAAGAAGAAGAGGAAGUAGUUGAUGUAGAGGAAUUGGAAGAAUCAGAGGAUGAAGAAAAGGGAAAGAAAAACAAGAAAUAAGAAAAUAUUGAGGUAAUUUUAGAAAUUUAAGAAAUAGGAUGAGGAUUAUAUAUAUGUUGACAAAUUACCAAACUCUGAGGCUAUGUUAAAAGAUUUGAAAAAGUAAGUAGAACAAAAAGUAAAACAUUAUAAAAUGAAAUACAUACAAGAAUAUCAUGAGAAUCAUACAAAAUAAAGUUUUGUUAAUAAUGAUGCAGUGCCAAUUUGUAUUGAUGUUAGAUUAAUGGAUUUUUAAGUAAUUUAAAUUAAUAAAAAUUUUAGAAAUUAAGAGAUGAAUAAUUAAAAAUAGCAGGAUAGUUGUUUGAUGUAAUAAUGAUGGAUCCUCCUUGGUAAUUAUCAAGUUCGCAACCAUCUAGAGGAGUAGCUAUUGCAUAUUCUUCAUUGGCUGAUGAAAAUAUUAGUAAAAUGCCUAUUGAAACAUUAUAAGACAAUGGAAUAAUAUUGAUAUGGUAAAAAUUAUAAAUUUAUUAUUUAGGACUAUUAAUGCUAAAUAUAAGGUAACUUGUAAAUUAAUUGAAUAAUGGGGUUAUAAAUUAAUUGAUGAAAUUAUAUGGUGUAAGAAGACAGUGAAUGGUAAAAUUGCUAAAGGACAUGGAUUUUACUUAUAACAUGCUAAAGAAAAUUGUUUAAUUGGUGUUAAAGUUAUUUUUAUAAAUAUAAUAUAGGGUAAUCUCAACUUAUAACCAAACAGAUUUCGAUAAGGUGUUGCCAGUGAUAUUAUAUUCAGUGAAAGAAGAGGAUAAAGUUAAAAACCAGAAGAAAUAUAUUAGUAUGUGGAAUAACUAGUUCCGAAUGGUAAAUUUAUAUUAUAUUUUAGGAUAUUAUCUGGAGAUAUUUGGAAGAAGAAAUAAUGUUAGAAAGAAUUGGGUAACUAUUGGAAAUGAGUUAUGA